GACGUGAAGCCAGCCAAUUUUUGCAUCGGAAUUCGCUGUGAAGGAGACGAAGAGCUUUAUUUGAUUGAUUUUGGUAUGGCCAGACAUUACAUUGGACGUAAUGGAGUGGUGAAACCCCGUCGUAAAUCCAGUCCUUUUCACGUUGAAGCGCUUUGGUACGUAACCGAGGAUUUAAUGCAGGAUAUGUCACGUUUCGAUGAUUUAUGGUCAGUGUAUUAUAUCUGUGUUGAGAAUAUGGUUGGACAACUACCAUGGCGAUUUGAAACUGAGAAAAAAGAAGUUCAAAAUAUGAAAGAAACUAUCAAUUUGCUGGAACAAGAAUAUGGCGAGGAACCUGGACCUCCGGCUUCAUUGGUAACUUUACAUCGUCACCUACGUCAAGCCAGUUUUUACAAUGAACCAAAAUAUGAGCAAAUUAACGCCGACAUUGAACUUGACAUGAUACAACGCAAUUUUUCGUUGGGUGAUCGUCUUGACUGGCAAUCGUCACGCCGAUCAAAAGCCAUGGAACGUCGUUAUCGUUUCUUGAAUUACGCCCAUAACUGUCGAAAGCUGCAUCAGAAGGUCAUAAAACAAAAUGAUGAACGAUCGUCGUAUUAUUAUGUUGAAGAAGCUGAUGAAGCAAUUCAGUGA